UUGCCAGGAAAAAAAAGAAAGAAAUUUCCUCCCGGAACGAAACGAAUCUGAAGCUAGCCUGCCUGUCCUGUCCAGUGCUGCAGGCUCUCCUCCAUCCCAACGGCAAGAAUAGCAGAGGCUGCGCAAGGCGAAAGCAGGAGCAGAGCCGCCCCCAAACAAGCACGCACAACUGCACAAGCAAACCUCUUCUCUCUCCCUCUCGGCGUCGGCGGUCUCUCCCAAACUCCAAACCCUACCACCGCGGCCCGCCGGCCCCCAUUCCCCCCACUGGCCACCCCCAUUGCCCUCCAGUAGCAACCAAGCACCCGCUCCCUGCUUCCUCCGAUCUACAGCAAUGCGCAAGGCAGUCGUCAACGCCGUCCUCUUCCCGGCCCUCGCCGUGGUCCUCGCCCUCGCCGUCUUUUACUUCGUCCGCCGCCGGCGCCGCCGCGGCCGCUCGGUGCUGCCGUCCUACGGCGCCGGCGCGAGGGCGGACCGGCUCCAGGCGCCCGGCGGCUCCGGCGGGUACGUCGCCGGCGGGGAGGAGGCGCUCGUGCGGUUCCCCGGCGGCGAGGCGCUCACGGUGGCCGCCAUCCUCGAGGCGCCCGGGGAGGUCGUCGCCAAGUCGGCGCACAGCACGCUGUACCGCGCCGGGCUCAGCGCCGGGGAGGCCGUCGCGCUGCUCCGCUUCGUGCGCCCCGCCUGCGCCGCGGGCGCCGAGGAGGCCGCCGCCGCCGCGCGGGUGCUCGGCGCCGCGCGCCACCCGAACCUCGUGCCGAUCCGCGCGCUCUACGUCGGCCCGCGCGGGGAGAAGCUGCUCGUGCACCCCUUCUACGCCGCCGGCUCGCUCCGCCGCUUCCUGCAAGAGGGAAUCAAUGAUUCACAGAGAUGGGAGAUAAUUUGCAAGUUGUCCAUCGGCAUUGUCAAAGGACUGGACCACCUUCACACAGCUUCGCAGAAACCAAUCAUUCACGGCAAUCUCAAAACAAACAACAUUAUGCUUGACGCCGAUUUCCAGCCUAGGAUCUCAGAUUUUGGCCUCUACCUCCUCCUGAAUCCUGCUGCUGCACAAGAGAUGCUUGAGACAUCUGCAAUGCAGGGGUACAAGGCUCCAGAGCUGAUCAAGAUGAGGGAUGCCACAAGGGAGAGCGAUAUCUACAGCUUGGGAGUGAUUAUGCUGGAGAUGCUUGCUCAAAAGGAGAUUGCAAAUGAUAAACCACCAAAUGCCCGCGACAUCCAUUUGCCAGCCUCUUUCAGGGAUCUUGUUCUCGAGAGGAAGAUAUCCGAAGCUUUCAGUUCCGAGCUUAUCAAACAAAGCAAGAAUUCUGGGAAGGAGGAGAAUCUAAAUGCCUACUUUGAAUUGGCAACAGCUUGCUGUAACCCUUCACCGUCGUUGAGACCGGAUACAAAGAAAAUACUCAAACGGCUUGAAGACAUAGCAAGAUAGAUAAUAGGUGGGUCUGCGAGGUGUGGCUCCAAUGCUAUUUAGAAAGUGUGGUGUUAUAGCAGCAGAAUAGCUUGGUUGUCUCUUCUAUUGUCUGCUACUUCUUGCAUACAACAGAGUUUGUAUCGGGGCAUUUGGAGAAUGAUGGUAAACCUAAGCUAGGAGCAACAAGCAUGUAUAGCAUAGUAUACUUUCCACGCCACUAUAUAGGAACUCAUCAGUGCACAUAACGUGGGUGCUUUCUACGUGGAAAUUUCCAUAAGAUUUCCUUAACUGCA